GGUUGUAAGUUUGUUGGCAACGGUAAUCAACACAGCGACAGCAGUCGUAAAGUUGUGCUGAAGCCCCUACGGUUCGCAAAAACACUCAAACUCAUAAAGAUUUUAGUUGACUUCAAGUUUCUCUUCGCGAAUGGAUUCCAGAUGGUUCUUGUUUCCAGGUCAAACAUUGGAAAACACAAAAAUCUCCGACAGACAACAUGCGCUUCACAUUACGAAAACUGGCUGGGACGGUAUAACCAAACACUUGGACCGGAAAAAGAUUCUGCAAGAAGCUGCCGAUAAAGAAGCCGCCAUUAAAAGAUAUCUGGAUGAAGGCUCGAAAAAUAUGACAAAAGAAUGGGAAAACUCCCUGGAGAACGUGCGCAAACGGAAGGAGGAAGAACGUGUGCAACUACUGGAGAAAAAGAAGGAAGAGCGACAGCUGCGGUUUCUAGAGCUGAGGAAAGAGCAGGAGGAAAUCCGGGAAAAGUACAUGGAAAAAGUGAAGAAGCAAAUAUUUAUGACAACAGGGCACGCCAGAGAUUUGACUAGCGCCCUGGUAACAUCGGAAAUACUGUUCGAAAGACAAAAGCAACAGGAGUUUAUGGAGAAAUUAAAGCAACAUGAAAAAGAUGAAAAUCAGAAAUAUCUGGAAAUCCAACAGCAAAAAGCGGAGGAAGAAAUGGUGGCUGAGGCUGAAAAAGCAAAGAAAAGAUUCGAAAAACAAAUGGAACACAGUGAAAAACUAAAGCAAAAUAUUGAAGAAAAGGCAAAACACGAGAAAGCAAUGCGAGUGGAAAGAGCGAAGAAAGAAGCCCUUGAUAACAUCGAAGCAGUGAAGGAAAUGGAAAAACUUGAAAAAUUGCAAACUGACGAAAAGAUAAGGCGAAAAAAGGAAUUGUUCGAGGACAAAAAGAAAUACUUGCAAAAAGAUCGCGAAAUCAAGCAGCAAAAAAUUAAAGAAGAAAAAGAACUUGACGAAGUCAUAGAAAUAUACAAGGAAGCAAAACAUAGGAUCGACUGCAUGAAGCAGGAACGUGUUCAAGAGAUGAGGGAUGCUGUUCUGAAAAAACAAGAGAAAAUUGCUGCGAUGGUAAUGGCUGAGCAAAUGGAUAAAUCUGAAGCCGAAGAAAAAAUUAUCAAAAAAGCCAUGGCUGAGAAGGAAGCUGCAGAACUUGAAAAAAUGCAAUCGAAAAAAGAGUUUCAAGCCAAAAUGAAGCAGGAGAGGUUACAAAACAGAGCGGAAGUCCUGCGGGUUGAAGAAGAAAAAACGAGAAGGCAAGACGAAAUUAAAAAGUGGGAAUUACUAAACCGCUACAAGGUAGACGAAAAUGUAAAAAAGUAUGAACAGGCCAAGAAAGAGGAAAUGUGGAAGAAAGUAAUUAAGUACCGGAAGGAAUUAUGUGAGCAAAUGGAAGAUGAAAGAUUGGAGCAGCAAAGAGAGAAAGAAUUAGACAACGCGUUACAAAAACCGUGCGUUGAAGAGGAAGAUUCAAAAUUCUUUGAAUACGCUGAAGAGGUGUUGCAACUAGCGAAGAAAAAGGGACGCACCACCAUUCCCAUUGAACGAGUCAUUGUUAAAUAUAUGAAAGAAAUGAAUAUAACAGGGGACAAACAUGAACAGCAAACCAAUCCAUGCAAGUCCACGAUUUCUUUGGAUAUGAAGAAACUGCAAAAAUCAAAGAACAAGCCAUGCAGAUGUUUCCAUUCUAAGGCUUAAAUGAUACUUGCACAAAAAUAUACAGCUUUGAUCUGA